AUGACAUCUGUUCCAGAUAUACACGUAACUACCUCGAUAGAGCUAAAAAGUUAUUUUUCCGAUGAGGGUCUACACGGAACCAUAACAUUCACCAAAGAGAUAAACUCCAUUGUGAUCACCACGGACUUGAAUCCGACUUUGCAGUACCCUGAGCAAGUAUGGUCGUGGAACGUUGCGGAAUUACCCGUAGAUUACAGCCUUGUGGAGGGGAGAUGCGAUCCAGAAAACCUCGGGAAAUCCACAGUGAACAUGGACGAGGUUUUUGGUUACUUGAUUUUGCCGGAUAAUCAGACAGCAGAGUUCGUCACAGAAGACAUUCAAAUCAACGGUCUAUACGGUAAAUCUUUGGUUUUGGAGAAUAAGGAGACCGGACGAACCAUAUGUGCUUCAAUCACCAUGGUGGAUAAGACUCAGGAGAAAAUAGCCUUCGCAAAAUUCACAACGCCUGUGUUUGGUAAUGUUUACUUCCGGUGGUACUCAACCAAAGACAACCACAGCGACAUGCUGUUAUCAACCGAUUUGUACCACGUAAGAUCAAAAGAAAAGUACGAGAGAAGACUAACAUUCACAGAACACUCCUGGAAAAUUUACGUGACAGACAUCCUGGAAAACGACGAUGAUCGAUCUGAAAGUAACUGUAACUUCCUUCAACUAGUCUUUGAUCCUUCGAACGCAGAGAAAGGUAAAGCGUUGGGUGAUAUCGACUCGAGGCUUGGUAAAGUCAAAAUUUCCACAAACUACAACAGAAACAAAUUCAAGAAUGUUUACAGCGACAAGGAACUUAUUUUGCUUCCCAGCGAUCUAAAUGGCCCCCAAAGAAGAUUGUACUUGGUGGUAUUCGAGAAGAAACACCCCGAUGUAUUUCUAGCCUGCGCCAAAAUUCGCUACAACCACCCCAUACACUCCAAAGUCAUCAUCCAAUCAGGUGGUAUCAAAGGGGACAUAAAGAUGACCCAGCACAGCAAAUUCGAGCCAACGUUCCUCAACUUCAACUUGUCCACCACGAGAGGUGACAUAGAAACGAAGUUGGUGUACAGUGUGACGGUGGCGGGUUACAAGAUACACGAGCUGCCCACAAAACCGGCCAAAACCGUAGGACAAAACGAAAAUUCUUGCCUCACAACAAAGAACCUCUAUAAUCCCAAAAAUACCGAUGUAAACAAUACGCCACCCAACGGUUUCGGUACUCAGGAUCAAUACUCAAUAGGGGAUCUUUCUGGUAAACUAUUGAACAGAAAUAAUGCUACGUUAUCGUUUGCUGGAAGUCAAGAGUUAACUGGUUCGUACUGGGAUGUUUAUCUACCUCUGCAAGGGCCGCAUUCUGUUGUGCACAGAUCCUUGGUUAUCUACAAAAACACCCAGUAUCCAAAUUCGGCCAUCCUCACUGAACCGUGGAUAUGCGGGGGAAUCCAUUUGUACGAGUCAAAUUUCGAAUACCAAAAACCAAUGUUCACAGCUCAAGUUCUCUUCAGAUAUCCCACCGUGGGUAGGAUGGUUUUAAGGCAGGUUAAGGAUGAACCUUGGUCUGACACCACAAUCAUGAUGGAAUACUUGGUGCAUGCCGAUGGAGCCCAGUUAAAUAACACCGCUGAACAUAGAUGGGCUAUUACCGAAAACCCACCUGGGAAGGAUUUUUACAAUUGGACCGCGAGGUGUGUCAGUGCUGGGCCAAUAUUUAACCCCUAUAAUAUCGACUUCAAUAAUAAAUCUGCAGAAGAUUUGGAAAGAUGCACUUUAAACCAAGUUGGACUGUGUCGCUUGGGAGACCUCUCCCAAAGACACGGACCUUUGAAAAUUUCCGGAAGAAUUGUGGAUAGUGACAGAAUAUCCAGAAAAUUCUGGACAGAUCCGUUCCUACCUCUAACAGGACCAUACUCUGUGAUUGGAAAGUCCCUUGUUAUAUUUGAUGACCACGGUCCCAAAGCUAGAGGAGAAAGACUUGCAUGUUCAAUCAUUGGCGGUGUGUAUAGAAGAAAGGCUGUGGUGAGAGAUUGGUUUCCCAAUGGAUACGAGUUAUCAGUGAAAGGGAAAAUAGAAUUCUACCAACAAACUGAGUAUGACAUAACAAAUGUGGAAGUUGGGCUUGAAGGUUUAAAGGAUUACAGCGGUUACCACAUUCAUGUGGUUCCUGUUGAAGAAAUUCUGGAAUUCCCCUGUGAAGAAACAACUCUAUACAAUCAUUGGAACCCCUUGAAUGUGGAUGCAGCUUCAUCGCCAAGAAGUUACCUUGGUACGCCGGACCAAUACGAAAUGGGCGAUUUAAGUGGGAAAUUCGGUUCUCUGGAUAACCAAACGAUCUACAAAACCCAUUACAAUGACAGUAUGUUGCCUCUAUUUGGACCUAGAAGUAUACUGGGCAGAUCUGUUGUCAUCCACAAAAAGGAUACUAGUAGAGCUGCUUGUUCCACCAUUGAGAGAGGUUAUAGUCCUUCCGAAGCAAGAGAGUUAAGAGGUAUUUCCUCCUUCCAUCAUCCACAGGGAUAUGCUUAUGGUUACAUGAAAAUGAGGCAACUUAUAUAUAACGACGGAAGCAGCAGUGAUACUACAAUCGAGGUCAAGUUGAGAUAUCCUGGGAAGAACGAUAGAAAUGUGACGAGGAACCACAAUUGGGCCAUAUACGUCAAUCCAGUGGGCGUGGAUGCAGCUGUGAAAACCACGGCGACUAGAUGCGUUGCUGGUGGGUAUGUUUGGAACCCUUUCUAUACUCAACUGGCAGAUCCACUAAAUCAUGACCUCUACCGACAAGAAUGUGGUCCGGAAAACCCAUUGAGAUGUCACGUGGGCGACCUUUCGGCCCGGCUGGGAACCAUAGACAUAGGUCUGAAAAGAAAAGUCUUCACUGACUCCAACUUUCCCCUGGAAGGUUCCGUCACUGCCAUUGGUAGAUCCAUAGUGAUCCUAGGGCCGAAUCAAGGUGGCGAGCGGUACGCAUGCGCGAACAUAGAGCCUGACUACGACAUCAUUAAAUAUGCGAACAUAGAAAAACCUCCAAGAUUUGUGGUAGCUCAAUUUAUUGAAGACGUGCGUGACAUUAUGGGAAUCCCCGAGUGGUUUUUGACAGUUGAUACGAGAAAAACCAAAACGCUGCAUCAAGACGCCUGCGUGCAGCUUUUGUUGCACUUUAAGGGUCCCAUUGCCACUAGAUUGGAACAAGAUUUCGGCAAACUUAUGUCGACGGGAAAGCUGGAGUCUCCUAGUCUAUACAUUCCAGGGCAUUACAAUGAAAAACGGAAAGUUAAAAUUGCAUACAAGCAAUGCGGGGUUAGAGACCCCAAUGAAAAAUCAAAUUGUGAUAAGCCAUUGCAAACAGUAAGAUGCGAUGUGGGAAUCAACAGAUAUCACUGGAAUAAUGUCAAAAAAGUUUGUGAAAAGGAAAUGUUUUGGGGUUGCAGAGCAACUCCAAACAACUUCAGAACUUUGGAAGAAUGUUUAACAGUGGCCAAACCAAUAUGCACUCAAUAACAAGUCUAUAUUAUUUGCUAUAAAUAAAUAAAAGUAAUUUUAAGUUGAU